AUGGCGCCCCUUGCACACAAAUCCAUUAGAGAGGGCUGGUUCAGAGAGAUCUCCUCGCAAUGGCAAGGCCAGGCGAUGAGCCUUAAAGUAAACAAGAUUCUGCAUGUCGAACAGUCCCUUUACCAGGAUGUUCUGGUCUUCGAAUCCGAGACCUAUGGAAAUGUCCUUGUGCUAGACGGUGUCAUCCAAUGCACAGAGAGGGAUGAAUUCUCUUAUCAAGAGAUGAUAGCGCAUUUGCCACUUGCGAGUCAUCCCAACCCUAAGAAGGUUCUCGUUAUCGGCGGUGGCGACGGGGGCGUCGUUCGCGAGGUCCUCAAGCACGAUACCGUCGAAGAGGUCGUCCUCUGUGACAUCGAUGAGGCCGUUGUACGUGUCUCUAAGCAAUACCUUCCACACAUGUCCGCGCUCCUCAGCUCCCCCAAAGUUCGCGUUCACAUUGGGGACGGCUUCAAAUUCCUCGCCGAGAACGAAGCUACCUACGACGUAAUUGUUACUGAUUCAUCCGAUCCAGUUGGGCCAGCCGAGUCUCUCUUCCAAAAGCCGUAUUUCCAGCUCCUCCAUGAUGCCCUUACACCAGGUGGUUCCAUCUCCACCCAAGGAGAAUGCCUGUGGUUGCACCUCCCCCUGAUAACCGAGCUGCGCGCCACCACCAAAUCUAUCUUCCCUGUCUGUGAAUACGCGUAUACCACUAUCCCUACCUACCCUUCGGGGCAAAUUGGAUUCACGAUGUGUUCCAAAGACCCUAGCCGUGACCUGAAGGUCCCGGUACGGGAAGUCAAGGGAACGAGGUACUACAAUGCUGAGAUCCACAAAGCGGCAUUCGUGUUGCCUGAGUUCGGGCGGGCGAUCCUUGAAGAGGGGAAGAAUGUCCUUCCUCUCUUCGGCCAUGCCGCGCUAGCGGCCAACUUGACAAAACCUAAGAGGAAGGUCCUUCUCCUUGGUAGUGGUUUCGUUGCUCGUCCAUGUGCCGAGUACAUCGUUCGAGACCCUCAUAACGAACUCACCAUUGCGUGUCGCACGAUUGAGAACGCGAAGAAGCUCGCCGAGGGCCUUCCAGGAACGACAGCAAUUACCCUUAAUGCUACCGAUGCCGCCGCUCUCGAAGCCGCCGUGGCCGCGCACGAUAUCGUCAUCUCACUGAUUCCCUACACACACCACGCCGAUGUCAUCAAGGCUGCCAUCAAAGGGAAGACACAUGUAGUGACCACCAGUUACGUGUCCCCCGCCAUGCGCGAGCUCGAUGCUGCAGCGAGGGAAGCCGGUAUCGUAGUCCUCAAUGAGAUCGGUUUGGAUCCUGGUAUCGAUCACCUGUACGCCGUGAAGACUAUCGGUGAGGUCAAGCAAUUCCUUUCUUACUGCGGUGGACUUCCUGCGCCUGAAUGCUCUGAUAACCCCCUUGGGUACAAAUUCUCCUGGUCAUCUCGAGGCGUCCUCCUCGCCCUCCUCAACUCUGCCUCUUACCUCUCCUCCUCCCAACAACUCGACAUCACCGGUACAGACCUCAUGAAGUACGCUAAGCCAUACUACAUCAACCCAGCGUACGCUUUCGUCGCGUACCCAAACAGGAACUCCGUUCCGUUCAAGGAAUGGUACAAUAUCCCUGAGGCAGAGACUGUCGUCAGGGGCACCUUGAGGUACCAGGGGUUCCCUGAGUUUAUCAAGGCCUUGGUUGAGCUCGGAUGGUUGGAUGCUGGGGAGAAGGAUUGGUUGAAGGAAGGCCUGACUUGGGCUGAAGUGACGCAAAAGACGGUAAACACAUCUACAAGCGAUGAAACGACUCUGAUCGCGCAGAUCAAGAGCAAGUGCAGCUUCCCCGAUGACGCUGAAGCUAGCCGUAUCAUUUCUGGACUGCGCUGGAUUGGACUGUUCUCCACUGAGAAAGUGACGCCCCGAGCAGGGAAUCUCCUGGAUACACUCUGCGCACAAUUGGAGAGAUUGAUGAAGUACGAUGAGGGGGAACGCGACCUAGUCAUGUUGCAACACAAGUUCUACGUCGAGUGGGCUGAUGGAAAAGAGGAUAUCCUUACCUCGACGCUGGAGGCAUAUGGCAUCCCGAGUGGACAUUCAGCCAUGGCUCUCACUGUUGGCCUCCCUUGUGGUAUUGCAACCCAACUUGUGCUCGACGGCGUGCUGAACACCCCGGGAGUGCAAGCACCAUAUACGAAGGAGAUCUGUGAUCCAAUUAGGAAGCUCCUGGAGAGCGAGGGUGUCGGGAUGGUGGAGAAGGUGCUGUAA